CUUGGGUUGGGAACACGUGUGGACAAAUUAUAUAGAAUAUAUUUUUUUAUUAUGUACGCUCUAGCUUUUCUUACAAUCAUAAUAAGCUUGUCGCUUUCUUUAUCCAAAGAUUUUGAUUUUAAUAUAGUUACAUAUAAUUCAGUUGUCAAACUAUAUAACGAGUAUAAUAAAGUAAGAUUGCAUUCACAUGAUAUUAAAUAUGGAUCUGGAAGCGGGCAACAAAGUGUGACUGGCGUGGAAUCGAAGGAAGAUCAAAACAGUUAUUGGUUGAUCCUAAAUGAAUGGAAAAACGAAACUAUACGAGGAGAUCCCGUAAAGUGCAACUCUAUAGUUAUGGUGAAGCAUCUAACCACCAACAAUUUCUUAUGGAGCAACGAGAUAUACGAAUCCCCCCUCUCAUCCAAUCAAGAAGUCAGUGCCCAUAAAUCCGACAACGGACACUUAGGUCAAAACUGGCAAGUUAUCUGCAAGGACGUAUUUUGGACGAGGACUGGAAACGUUAUGCUAAAGCACGUCCAAACUAAUAGCUAUCUCGCCGUUUCCGGUAAGACGUACAGUCGCCCUAUAGCGAAUCAGAAGGAGAUUUGCGGGGUCAGUUAUGCCAACGGGAAAGCGUGUAAUUGGAAAGUCAUGGAAGGAGCCUACUUCAAACCUACCGAAGAAAAUACCGUUAACAAAUUUCCGCAAGACGAAGAGGACGAGGUCAUAAAGGACAACUCUGUUCGCGGUGACGAAUUAUAAAGAUUUUUGCGGGGAAUUUUUUUUUUUUUGGUUUUUCUAGCCUCACUUAUUUUAGUAUUGGAAUAUUUGCCCAUUGGAUAUAUAACAGUGGAAAAGGUUUUUUUUUUUCCUAUUUCAUGUUUUGUUUCACUUUUUUUUUCCUAUUUUCCUUUAUAUUUGUAGUUGUAAAUACAUAUUUUUUCUAUCUUUCUAUUAUAUUGCGACUAAUGUAAAGUUAUUAUUUAUAAUUUAUCUUAUUUAUGUUAUAUAUAUGAUGUAUAUAAAUCGGGUGAAAUUUAUUCUUGUAACUAAAAGCAUCAUUUCACCGAAUAUUCGUCCUUUUUGUAUUGUAACAAAGUUUUUGUACUUAUAGCAUUAUUACCUUUAUAAAUAUCUGGGGAAAUUGAUUAACUCUUAACAAAAUAGGAAGAGACAGUUGGAGAUGAAAUAAAUUCUGAUUUUUGAUUUCAAGCUUAAUUACUCAAAUUACAAAUGAUUACAAAAUUUUCAUAAUUAACUAUAAUUACUAAUUCCUUUUUUUAAAAACACGGUAAAAAUCGUAAUAAAUUACUAAUUACACAUAUUCCU